UUUGAGUUAUUCUUGGGAAACAAUUAUGAUUAUGGUAAAAAUUAAUUGAAAAAUUAAGGAUCAAUUUACCUUUAGACUUGAAGGAUUUACUGCUACCGUGCCAGAAAUCCUAAGAAAUAGCGAAAGAGUAGCCAUUGCCCAAACGCCACCGCCAUCAUCACCCAUUGUUGAUCUGCGACUUCAGGUGGCGCCACCAACGCCACCAGAUGAUCAUCGCUGCUGUUAGGAACCCCAAAUCUUUACAAUUUGACGGAUCGACAAUUUUCGCUCUAAGCUCCCAUAGUUUCAAUUUUUGGUACAUUAAGCUCCAUAGUUCGAUCUGUCAAAAUCCCUUCCGAUCAUGACGAUUUUCAACCAAGCGAAGCCUGCAACUAAAGAUCAGAGGAGAACAAAGCGAAGCUUGACGGAUGGUGGUCCACUCUCCAACUCACUUCUUUCAGGGGUUCUUAAAACUCUCCGUCUUAAUUUCUUGUCUUUCUCUACAUAGGUUCUGUCACCAGCAGAGGCAGAACAAGGAGGAGAGGAGGAGAAGAAAAAAAUAGGAGGGGUAGCAGAAGCGGCGAAGUCGUCGACGCCGUCCGGUUUCCUCCUCUCAUCUUCCCCUUCUGCAACUCCCUUUCUCUUUCUCUUUUCAAUUAACUAUGAUAUGAUAUUUUGUAUAAAAUUAACAGUUCUUUAGUAAAUUUUUUUAUGGGUUCUUAAGCUACGAUAUCUUUAGUGAAGCUGUGUCAGAUUUGAAAUCCUAGCUGGGUUUAGUUUCUAAGUAUUAGUUCCUAUAUCAGGUUAUGGUGGACAAAACCCUGCUCUUUCUGGCCGCCUGCCUGGCAAUUUCCCUGUACCUGAACCACCAACAACUCCAGGACCAUUUGCUGCAGGAUUGACUCGAAAUGAAGGAACAAUUCCAGGUGCUGGAGCUGCAAUGCCGUUGACAAUUCCAUCUCUUGAUGCAUCAGCUCAGGGGAGCAGAAACAGCCUCUUCCAAUUUCUAUGCCUCUAGUAACCCCACCACUACCGCCUGGUCCACAUCCAUCCCUUCUUGCUGCCAAUCAGCAACGGGGAUAUCAACAAAAUCCUCAGCAGAUGCCACAACAGCAACACCAGGCUCACCCUCAGCAAAUGCCCCCUUUGCCUAUGCCACCUCCAAAUAUGCAGCAGCUACAACCACCAUCACAUUUACCCCUCCUCCCUCAUCCUCAUCUACCUCGUCCUCCACAAAUGCCUCCUCAUGGUGUGCGUGGAUCCUUGCCUGCGCCUUCAUCGAUGCCCACAUCACACCCAUCGCCAAUGCCAGGUCCAAUGGUACGAUGAAUCAGAUGGUCCCUCCAAUGCCACAAGGCCAUUUUAUGGGCAUGAAUCCGAUGCACUCUGGAUCCUUAACCACAAGUGCUGCCCCUUCAGUUGGGGGCUUUCCUAAUGGCCUGCCAAAUAUGCAAGGUCCAUCAAAUGCAACUGGAGCUCAAAUGUAUCCACAAGGUGGUUCAUUCAAUCGGCCACCAGGUGUACAAAUGCCCAUGAUGCCGGGUUUAAUCCCUACCAGUCUGGGAAUCAAUCUGGUAUGCCUCCACCACUACCACCAUGUCCUCCGCCUCAUUCCCAACCACCUCAGUAGAUCAUUGUUUCAUCACAGAGCAGCUGCUGCUGCUUACAUGUGGAUGGAAACUACAACUUGCACUGGCUUACUUGCGUUGGUGUUGACUCAUGUCCAUUUUAAUUCCUUAGGAUAUUCUUUUUGCCUUUUCUCUGCGUUCAUUGUAUAAUUUGGCCGGUAAACACUUGAAGAUAUUCAAUGAGAUAGCAUUAGUUGAGUGGAGAA